AUGCCCCCCCCCCGCCGCCGCCUCCACUUUCCCCUCCCCAAACUCCGCCAUACCCCCCGCAACCUGCAGACCCUGCGCUCGUUCCCGCUCGCCGAAGUCUCCGGCGCCCUUGGCGACCUGGGCACCUUCCUCCCCCUCCUCACCGCCCUCGCCGUAAACAACACAAUCUCCCUGCCCUCCAGCCUCCUCUUCUCCGGCCUCUACAACAUCUUCACAGGCCUCUACUUCGGCAUCCCACUGCCCGUCCAGCCCAUGAAAGCCAUCGCCGCCGUCGCCAUCGCCAAGCACUUCUCGCCCGGCCAGAUCACCGCCGCGGGAAUCUUUGUGGGCGGCGUUAUCCUGCUGUUCAGCGUGACGGGCUUGCUGGAGUGGUUUGCGCGCGUUGUGCCCACGCCGGUCGUUAAGGGGAUACAGGUUGGCGCGGGGUUGUCGUUGGUUAUUUCUGCAGGGUCGACUCUGAGGGGCCAUCUGGGCUGGAUCGGGCCCAGCUGGGCGGAUAAUUACAUCUGGAUGAUCGUGGCGUUGGUCGUGCUGGCGCUGACGGCGGUCUAUGACCGUGUCCCCUAUGCACUCAUCGUGUUCCUGGUCGGGAUUGUGUUUGCCUUUGUCUCGCUAGGCCUGUCACAUCAUGGACUUCCGUCCUUCGGUCUCUGGCAUCCUGCCAUCUCCAUCCCUGUCGGCCAUGAGUGGCGUGUCGGCAUCAUCGAUGCGGGCAUCGGACAGCUCCCGCUGACGACGCUGAAUUCUAUCGUCGCCGUCGUCUAUCUGGCGGCCGAUCUGUUGCCGGAGGUUGAGGCGCCGUCCACCACCGCCAUCGGGCUUAGUGUUGCCGCCAUGAAUCUGCUAGGAUGCUGGUUCGGCGCGAUGCCCGUGUGCCAUGGCUCCGGCGGCCUGGCGGCGCAGUUCCGAUUCGGAGCCCGGAGUGGGUCGAGCAUCAUUCUCCUCGGCUCCUUCAAGCUGAUUGUCGGACUGUUCUUUGGCAACACGCUUGUGGGGCUGCUGCGGCAGUUCCCCACGGCGUUUCUGGGCGUUAUGGUUAUUGCCGCUGGAUUGGAGCUGGCGAGCGUGGGGGAGAGUUUGAAUACCGCGCGCGCGUGGGAUUUGUCGAAGCAUGCUCGUUUGGCCGGGACAAAUGUUCUGACCAACGAAGAGAAGAAGAGAAGGUGGACAGUUAUGAUGGGUACGAUUGGGAUGCUGGUUGCUUUUAUGAAUGAUGGCAUUGGGUUUUUGGCGGGGAUGGUUUGUCAUUGGACGUAUAUGAUUCCGGGCUUGGUGGAGAAGGCCCGGGAGGAAUUUUCGGAGGGUAGUAUUAGGCUUCCUGUGAGCUGGCGUCGUUGA